AAAUGCGAGGAGAACAGAAAGAAACAACGGACAAGAAACGCGAAGGGCUUAUUGCGUGGAAAGAAUUGUGCUACAUUAACACGUAUUGUUGACGAGGGAAUUUGUUACCAAAUACGUUCAGGAAUCGUUUUAGAGACCUUUUGUGCCCGGAUAUAUUUUUCUACGUCGCUUUAUGUAUUUAGAGUUGUCUUAUCCUGUGCGUCGUCCUACUAUGGUCAUAAUGGAGGUUCCAAACAUCGACUGUGGCUCUCUCCGGGCGCUUUUGGGGGGAUCCGAGACUGAUUGUCUUGUUUUGGACUGCCGGUCGUUCUUCUCCUUUAGCUCCUCUCACAUAUCCGGCUCAACUAACGUCCGAUUUAGCGCAAUAGUGCGCCGGAGGGCGCGAGGCGGACUUGGGCUAGAACACAUUGUUCCCAAUGAGGACACGCGGAGCAAGCUGCUUUCCGGAGAAUAUCAGACUGUGGUACUACUCGAUGACCGAAGCUUAGACUUCAGCCAGGUGAAAAAAGACGGAACUCUGAUGCUGGCCGUGACCGCGUUGAGUCGGAACAACCCCCGAGGAGCGCACGUCUUCUUCUUGAAAGGCGGCUUCGACACCUUUUCAUCCGAGUUCCCUGAAAUGUGUACCAAAGCACCACCUCCACAAGGACUGAGUUUGCCUCUCAGUGCCAACUGUCCUCCUGGUAGCGCCGAAACAAACUGUAAUAGCUGUGCUACUCCUCUCUACGACCAGGGUGGCCCAGUGGAAAUUCUGCCUUUUCUGUAUCUUGGAAGUGCCUACCAUGCUUCCCGUAAAGACAUGCUGGACAUGUUGGGCAUCACAGCACUCAUAAAUGUUUCUGCCAACUGCCCCAAUCAUUUUGAGGACCAUUAUCAGUACAAGAGCAUUCCAGUUGAAGAUAACCACAAGGCAGACAUUAGCUCCUGGUUCAAUGAGGCCAUCGACUUUAUCGACUCUGUGAGAAACAAAGGUGGCCGUGUCUUUGUACACUGCCAGGCGGGCAUCUCGCGCUCUGCAACCAUCUGUCUGGCCUACCUCAUGCGUACCAACCGCGUCAAGUUGGACGAGGCUUUCGAGUUCGUCAAGCAGCGCCGCAGUAUCAUCUCACCCAACUUCAGCUUCAUGGGCCAGCUUCUGCAGUUCGAGUCACAAGUGCUUGCCACGUCCACCUGCUCAUCAGAGGCUAGCAGCCCAGCACUCAGCAAAAGUGGCACUGUUUUCAACUUUCCUGUCUCCAUUCCUGUCCAUGCUGGUGCCAGUCCACUGUCCUUCUUGUCCCAUCAUAGUCCCAUAACUCCUUCACCUACUUGCUGACAGGACUGUAUUUUGUUAUAGUAAGACUGUUUAAGGAGGGUUUCAGACACCCAGUCCAUUUGGAAAUAUCUAGUAAUAGAAGUUCAUCAUGACUGAAAGGAGUGAAAGCUGUCCAAAAGAAUAUAAAACAACCAUUUGAUUCAGUAUCACAGGCUGGCCUCAUGUUAAAAAUGAUCAAUGAAGUUGUUUUUAUUGCUGGACAAUUAAAAUUGUGCCUGUUACUUGACAGUAUUUCUAUGUAAUUCUGGGUAGGAAUAAGUGGCUGGCCCAGUCUUGUUCCUCCAGGCUGUCUUUGUUUUGAAAACACUCCUGUGGUGUGUUUUCACUGUGUCCAAUCCACAGUGUGUGAAUGUGUAAUGUUUGUUGGAUGUAACAUGAGGCUCCUGAAUGUCUGUUGUCUUCAGUCAUCACAAUUUGAGCCUUGCAACAGAUAAUCAUUGGCCCUCUGUUUUAUGUAUUGGCACAGGAUAAAAUACCAGGUGUUUGCAUUUUCUCAGGAAGUGUCUACAUUUAUUUCUUGAUGGCCUGUAUCGUUGUUUAUCAUAUGCACAGUCUGAGGUGGCUGCAAGUUGCCAAACUACAAGGUGCUAACCUGACUGAAUGUGCCCUCUUAGUUUAGUUUAGUUUUCUUUCCAGAUCAAUGAAUGUAUUUAUAAUAUCUGGCUAGAUUCACUACGCCUUAAGUCAAUGAAAGUGAAAUAUGUGGCUCCUUUAAGGGCCUCUCAGACCUUCAUCCAGCCUACCGGGAUGUUUGUUUCUUUGUAAACAAACACAAAAUACCUCAUGUGCGUGUAAUGUUAUCAGUCCUGUAAGAGCCACAAGCAGUACCAAUGGGAGUGACUUUCAGGAGACUGUAUUGAUAUGUGAUAUUUAUUUACUAAAUUAAUAUAUUUCAUAUUGUAUUUUUUUUUUACAUCUUUGUGAUAUGUUUUGAUACUGACAAAUAAAAUGCUUUGUUGUACACGUGAA